AUGGGCCACUGAAGGAGUCGUGGAGGGAGCGGAUGGCAGUGUACUGAACCCCCAAAGACGUGCAUACGAGCAGCAGCAGAGUCUUCCACGAACACUCCAUACUGCUCCGUCACCAUCACAUGCUUCAUUCUGUCAGAAAGUGUUCCUCCUGUACUGAAGAUGGCGCUGUUGUGCUCAGACCGCAUGGGCUUUACAACCAGAGCUGCAGAUCUAAUCAGGUACGUUACUUGCGUGCAAUGCAAACAGUUACCCAACAGCCCCGCCCACAGACCUGUAGAUUGUGUGACAUCCCUGUGUCUCUACUGCCAGCGAGCUCAAACAACUCCUUUGUUUCUCACGAGGCCCCGCUCGAUCAUUCAAGAAGAGAACCCGGUUGCCAUAAACGCCCUGUAUGACUUGUCCAUAGACAUCAGUAAAGUCUGGAAGCUGAGGGGUUGGGUGUUGCGCAAGAGUCCAGUGUACGUGAGCCAGAUUGCCACGCUGCUGAGGAACAUGGGGGCUAGUAGGCCAAUUAUCGCCCGUGUUUUGGAACUCCAUCCUGGGGCCAUCUUCUGCAAACCAGAUCAAAUGGUGUGCGAAAAAAAGCUGUGGAUGUCAGUAUGCGCCAGUCUAGUAGGAAUCAUAGAAAAAUACCCCAUCUCAUUUUUCACCUUGUCCUCCGAUCAAGACAAUCUGAAAGCCAACAUCGCCUAUUUACAGACGUUACAUCUCAACAAAUGCAUCAUCAGCAAGCUCAUGGCCAGCACCCCUUAGAGCUUCAGCCGACCCAUCGAGCAAAACAAGCAGAUGAUCCAAACCCUGCAGAAGACCUAUUUGGACUUGGUCAGGAAGCAGGACAAUAUGAAGAUCUGGUUCCAGAAGCUGUUUACACAGAAUCCCUACGUUCUAAAGCUUCCAGACACUUUACACAAUAACUUGGCGUUCCUACACAAUAUGGGCUUUACCAGAGAUGAGCUCUUGCAGCUGCUCUCCAAACAGGGAUUUGUUACUGAGCUGAACCCUGAAAGUAUGAGACUCACCCUGAUCUACUCCUGGGAGACCCUGGGAUGCACAGAACAAGAGCUCAGGCAGAUCGUACUUCAGAGUCCAGCCUUGAUAUAUUAUUCUGUGCCUAUACUAGCCGAUCGCUUUAAAGGCCUCCUUACUGCUGGAGUCAGUAUGGAGCAGAUUGUGGAGACUCCAACAGUGUUAGAACCGACAACGCAGAUAGUUCAGUAUCGCUUUCAGAAACUGUACUCUUUUGGUUAUUAUGUGCAUUCAGGUAGCCUGGAAGUCCUCAACGGCACCAAGAAGGACUUUGAGAUGAGUAAAGGGAAGUUGCGUCUUAGGCAAGAGAGGCCACUUUUUAAUCCAGUAGCUCCACUUCGAGCAGAAGAUACAGCACGGAAGCCUGUUUCCAACAUAGAAAUAAAAUACAAAUAUAAUAACUGCAACUUUUUAAUGUCAAUUCUGACUUUAGUUCUUGCAAUUCUGAGUUUACAUCUAUACUAACUUUUAAUUAACAUCUCACAAUUCUCACUUUUUUCUUUCUUUUAUUUUUCUCGGAGUUGCACAUUUUUUGCUCGCAAAAAAAAAGAGUUUGAAUCUCACAAUUUUGAGUUAAAGGACCGAUGAACUGCCCCUGUUUAUAUUUUGUACUGUUCUCUGAGGUCCACUUCUUAAGUUAUCAAAAACAUAAUUUAGAAGCAAUAGGCUAUAUUCUGUCCUAUUUUUGACCGCCUCUUUAGAAAUCUCUGUUCGAAUAGGCCUGGUGGAUUGUAGACUCCGAGUGAAACACCCAAUGCUAUGAUUGCCUUGCGUGUAUUUGUGAUAUAGUCACCACAGCAUCUUCUAAAUUUCAAUCAUUCUGAAAAUCCUACAUCGAAUUGUGCCUCGUUUGUAAAUGAAUCCAUUGUAAAACAAAGUGAACAAAAGACUGAGUUCGUACUGGAAUGGUCUGGAAAAAUAAAGCUCAUCCACUCUUUCCUAAUGUUGGGAUCAAAAGGAAGGGCAUGCAAGUACAAUAACCUCAUGUCAAAAGAUCAAGGGAAUUUUGGUUUCUCAGUUCAUGACCAAUUUAACCUCUUGCAAUUCUCUCCUCUCUUGCAAUUUUUUUCCCCUCCAGAUUUAAAUUUUUCCUCUCAGAAUUGCAAGUUUAUAACAUAAUUCUGAUUUAUUUUAUAACACUUAUUCUGACUCAAUUCUCUCAAAAAUUUGAGUAAACAUCUCACAGUUUGAACUUUCUUUUUCAGAACUCCAUGUUUAUAUUACAUAAUAAUAUUCAUAAUAAUAUUCAGUUUAUAUUUCACAAGUAAAAAACUGAAUUGUACAAUUAAAAGUUACCUUUACUUUACUUACUUUUAAAAUUACUUUUUUAUUAUUAUUUUAUGGCAGAAACGGGCUUCCAUAAUUAAAAUUGUAUGUGCUACAUAAAAAGUAUAUUUAUAGUAGUUUACUUGGUCUGUUUUCUGCUUUAAUUUUUUUUAUUUUGAUCAUUAAUUUGCUGAAAGGUAUAAAUUAUUGAAUGCUUUGUGUCUGUUGUGGAAUGGUGGUUCUUACCAAAUACAACCCUUUCAACUCAAAGAAAAUGUCUUAUGUCAUUUCUCUCUUUACUACAUUGUAAAUGUAUUUCUUGUUGUUGUAUCAUCACAUACUGAUGUGUUGUGCCAACAAAUGUAUGUAGCUUUUGAAAUUCCUCAUCAAAGUCUUUAAUAAUGAGCAAUAUGAAAUACCUCUCGGAGGUAUGCAUUAUGCAGAUAAAUAUUCAGAUCAAUGAAUGUUUACCCAAGUGUUGCUGUCAGAAUCUCAUUUGCAAGCAUUUCCCAAUAUUUUGCCCUCCGGACAGCAUUUUGAGAUAAUUUUACGCUUUUAAAUGAUUAGACUAAAAUCUUCACUGGUAUCUAUAAUGAAGUUACAUUACAUACUGCCUUAUGGCAUCUGCUGUUUACGCACUAGACUUUAUGAUUUCUU